AUGUCGACUUCCACACAAACAGUACUGGUGCCGCCUGUGUCUGAAGCAACCAGCGUCGAAGCCUCGCACCCUCUUACAACUAUCACUUCACAAGUCAACAGCCAAAAUGACAAUACCGAGAGCGACAGGGCCUCUGUUGCAUCGAACAACAAGCCUUUUUCCAAGCUACAAAAGACCGCCGUGACGUUCCAACUGUCCGGCAUCAAUUUCGCCAACAGUUGUGUCAAUGGUCUCGUCGUGGUCGGGCUUCCUGUCAUGACCCUUGACCUCAACCUACCCCAGUCACUCGCCUUCUGGCCCUCAUCCGUGGCAGCUCUGACAACCACGGCCACGAUUCUCAUUGCCGGCUCGUUGGCCGAUGUUCUUGGGCCGCGCAGCGUCGACCUUGUCGGAUGCUUCGUGCUGGGCAUUUUCAUGCUUGCCUGUGGCUUCGUACAGACAGGCGAACAGCUCGUCGCACUGCGGGCACUGCAGGGUAUCGGACUGGCACUGCAUCUCGCCAGCUCCGUCUCUCUGAUCACCAAGAUCCUACCCAAGGGUCGGGGGCGCAAUGUGGCGUUUGCUUGCCUGGGUAUCAGCUCCGUGCUCGGCUUCUCGUUUGGACUUGUCAUGGGUGGUGUGCUGGUGGACAAGGCGGGAUGGCGAGCCGGAUGCCCGGUGCUGGGGACUUUCAAGGAGACCUUGGCAGAAAUCAGAGAGAGGGUGGAUUGGGUCGGAGCGCUCCUGGCAUCGUCGUUCAUGGCGUUACUCUCUUACUUCCUGGCUGUUAUCAGCAGUGAUGUCGAGCACAUACGCAAGCCAGACACCAUCGUCUUCCUGUGCCUUGGAGUCAUAUCCUUGCCACUCUUCCUUGGAUGGUCGCACCGCCAAGUGAAAUCGGGCAAGCCAGCGCUCAUCCCCAAUUCUUUCUGGCGUAACAUGGCGUUCUCGUCUAUUUGUGCAGCCGUUGCUAUCGCAUUCGCCAUCAUCAACUCCUUAGAGCUGUUUGCAAGCUUGUUCUUCCAAGAGAUUCAAGGCCUCUCUGCGCUCCAAGCCGCCGUCCGCAUCCUGCCCAGCCUCGUGGUUGGCUUCUUCAUCAACCUUUCCACCGGCCUUUUCAUCCACAAGGUCCCCGCCAUGUGGAUCGUCAGCAUCUCCUCCCUGCUGACGGCCAUUGCGCCCAUUCUCAUGGCCGUCAUCAAGCCCGAGACACCAUACUGGACCAACGCCUUUCUCGCGCAGAUCUUCAUGCCCAUUGCCGCCGAUGCCUUGUUCACCGUCGGACUGAUCGUCAUCACUGACGUGUUCCCGGAGGACAAGCAGGCUGUCGCGGGGGCCGUGUUCAACACGAGCUCGCAGUUUGGUCAUGCCUUUGGCAUGGCGAUUAUGCAGGUCAUCUCGUCGCUGGUGGCCAAGGACCGCAAGGGUAUGAAGCCAGUGGAGGCGCUGAUGGAAGGGUACCGGGCGAGCUUCUGGGCCAUGUUUGCCUUCAUGGUGACUUGUGCAGCGAUUGGAUUCUUCGGCCUGCGCAAGGCCGGCAAGGUCGGUGUCAAGGAGGAUUGA